GCAUGGUACCACGUUUAUUGAGACAAGUGAAAUAAUAAUAAAAAAUAAAUAAAUAAAAAAUAACGCAAGCGCAAAAGACAAACGAUAAAAAAAGGGGUUGUUGAUUUUCAGAGUAUCUCGAGCUUUUAGUAUUGAGUCUGUUGUACAAGGGUGAAAGCUUGCAAGCCAAAUUAUAAAAAUAUAUUAAUUUAUUUAAAAUCAUUCAAGGAUAAAAAUUUUUAAAAAUGCAAAUACAUGAUUGGUUAACGUGACUCGUAAAUAUUUUCUUUGAUAUCAUAUAAAGUUUAAUUUAUUUUGACUUUAAAAAAAUAAUUAAAAGUGGAUGGAAGUGGAGACAGUGAUUUGGAUGAUAACAAUAAAAUAUAAAUUACAAUUUGAGUUAAUAGUGAUAAGUUAAUAAUAACAUUUGAUUGGAAACACGAGGCUUGAGGAUGGCUGACAGCGAGGGUGGAUCCGAGCAGGAUGAUGUAUCCUUUCUCCGUACGGAGGACAUGGUGUGUUUAUCUUGCACGGCCACUGGCGAAAGAGUUUGCCUCGCUGCUGAGGGUUUUGGUAAUCGAACUUGUUUUCUUGAAAAUAUUGCUGACAAGAAUGUACCACCUGACCUUUCACAAUGUGUAUUUGUAAUUGAACAGGCUUUGUCUGUUCGUGCUCUUCAAGAGUUGGUAACAGCUGCUGGCUCCGAAACGCAACAUGAAACCCUUGGAAAAGGUACAGGUUCAGGUCACAGAACUUUGUUAUAUGGUAAUGCAAUAUUACUCAGGCAUCAAAACAGUGAUAUGUAUCUUGCUUGUUUAUCAACAAGUUCAUCAAAUGAUAAGCUGGCAUUUGAUGUUGGUUUGCAAGAACACUCUCAAGGUGAGGCUUGUUGGUGGACAGUUCAUCCAGCAUCAAAACAACGUUCUGAAGGUGAGAAAGUACGUGUUGGUGAUGAUCUGAUAUUGGUGUCAGUAGCAACCGAGAGAUACCUGCACACAACAAAAGAAAAUGAUUUAUCAGUUGUAAAUGCAUCAUUUCACGUGACUCAUUGGUCAGUUCAGCCAUAUGGUACUGGAAUAAGUAGAAUGAAAUAUGUUGGAUAUGUAUUUGGUGGUGAUGUAUUGCGAUUUUUUCAUGGUGGUGAUGAAUGUCUUACAAUACCUUCAACAUGGAGUGUACAUCCAAAUCAAAAUAUUGUUAUUUAUGAGGGUGGAAGUGUUAUGAGCCAAGCAAGAUCAUUAUGGAGAUUAGAAUUAGCACGUACAAAAUGGGCUGGUGGUUUUAUAAAUUGGCUUCAUCCAAUGAGAAUUCGUCAUUUAACAACUGGACGUUAUCUUGCUGUUAAAGAUAAUAAUGAAUUAUAUCUUAUUGAUCCAACACAAGCAACAACUGAAAUAUCAACAUUUUGGUUACGUCAAGAAAAAGAUGAUCAAAAAAUAGUACUUGAAGAUAAAGAUCUUGAAGUUAUUGGUAGUGCAAUUAUAAAAUAUGGUGAUUCAACAGUUAUAAUGCAACAUGCAACAACUUGUCUUUGGGUAUCAUAUAAAUCAUUUGAAACUAAAAAAAAAGGUGUUGGUAAAGUUGAAGAAAAACAAGCUGUAUUACAUGAAGAAGGAAAAAUGGAUGAUGGUUUAGAUUUUUCAAGAUCACAAGAAGAAGAAUCAAGAACAGCAAGAGUUAUUAGAAAAUGUAGUAGUGUAUUUACACAAUUUAUAACUGGUCUUGAAGAAUUACAACUUGAUAAAGAUGCUGGUGCAUUUUUUAAAGCUGUUAAUUUAAAUGAAAUGGUUAUGUGUCUUGAGGAUUUAAUUAAUUAUUUUGCACAACCAGAAGAUGAUAUGGAACAUGAAGAAAAACAAAAUCGUUUUCGUGCAUUAAGAAAUCGUCAAGAUUUAUUUCAAGAAGAAGGAAUAUUAAAUUUAAUACUUGAAGCUAUUGAUAAAAUAAAUGUCAUAACAUCACAAGGUUUUUUAGUUGCAUUAUUUGGUGAUGAAAGUGGACAAGCAUGGGAUCAAAUAUCUGGUUAUUUAUAUCAAUUAUUAGCAGCAAUAAUAAAAGGUAAUCAUACAAAUUGUGCACAAUUUGCAAAUAGUAAUCGUUUAAAUUGGUUAUUUAGUCGUCUUGGUUCACAAGCAUCAAGUGAAGGUACUGGUAUGCUUGAUGUAUUACAUUGUGUAUUAAUUGAUUCACCAGAAGCUCUUAAUAUGAUGCGUGAUGAACAUAUUAAAGUUAUAAUAUCAUUACUUGAAAAACAUGGUAGAGAUCCAAAAGUACUUGAUGUAUUAUGUUCAUUGUGUGUUGGUAAUGGUGUUGCAGUACGUUCAUCACAAAAUAAUAUAUGUGAUUUUUUAUUACCAGGAAAAAAUUUAUUAUUACAAACACAAUUAGUUGAUCAUGUUGCAUCUGUUCGACCAAAUAUAUUUGUUGGUAGAGUUGAAGGUUCAGCUGUUUAUCAAAAAUGGUAUUUUGAAGUGACUGUUGAUCAUAUUGAAAAAACAACACACAUGAUGCCACAUUUAAGAAUUGGAUGGGCAAAUACAAGUGGUUAUGUACCAUAUCCUGGUGGUGGUGAAAAAUGGGGUGGUAAUGGAGUUGGUGAUGAUUUAUAUUCAUUUGGUUUUGAUGGUGCAUUUUUAUGGACUGGUGGUAGAAAAACACAAAUAAUACAUAAUCCAAAUGAGCCAUAUAUACGUAAAACUGAUGUUAUUGGUUGUGCACUUGAUUUAACAGUACCAAUUAUAACAUUUACAUUUAAUGGUGUACAAAUAUCUGGUUCAUUUAGAAAUUUUAAUCUUGAUGGUAUGUUUUUUCCAGUAAUAAGUUGUUCAUCAAAGUUAUCAUGUAGAUUUUUACUUGGUGGUGAUAAUGGUAGAUUAAAAUUUCAUCCACCAGAUGAAUUUUCACCACUUGUUGAAAGUUUAUUACCACAACAAAUAUUAUCAAUUGAUCCAUGUUAUUAUUUUGGUAAUAUGAAUAAAGUUAUUAUAACUGGUCCAUGGCUUGUUGAGGAUGAUACAGCAUUUGUACCAUCACCAGUUGAUACAUCAUUAAUUAAUUUACCAUCAUAUGUUGAACAAAUACGUGAUAAAUUAGCUGAAAAUAUACAUGAAAUGUGGGCAAUGAAUAAAAUUGAAGUUGGAUGGAUAUUUGGUGAACAAAGAGAUGACAUGAGAAAAAUACAUCCAUGUAUUGUACAAUUUGAAAAAUUACCAGUUGCUGAAAAAAGAUAUGAUACACAGUUAGCUGUACAAACACUUAAAACAAUACUUGCACUUGGUUAUUAUAUUACAAUGGAUAAACCACCAUCAAGAAUUAAAACAUUGCGAUUACCAAAUGAGCCAUUUUUACAAAGUAGUGGAUAUAAACCAGCACCACUUGAUUUAAGUGCAAUAACAUUAACACCAAAAAUGGAAGAACUUGUUGAUCAACUUGCUGAAAAUACACAUAAUUUAUGGGCCAAAGAAAGAAUAAGCCAAGGAUGGACAUAUGGAUUAAAUGAAGAUUCAGAAAUGCGUAGAAGUCCACAUUUAGUACCAUAUCAAAAAGUUGAUGAAGCCAUUAAAAAAGCUAACAGAGAUACUGCCAGUGAAACUGUUAGAACAUUAUUAGUUUAUGGAUACAUGUUGGAUCCACCAACUGGUGAACAACAUGAAGCACUUUUACUUGAAGCAAAUAGACUACGUCAAUUAUUCUUCAGGACAUAUAGAGUAGAAAAACAUUAUGCUGUUAAUAGUGGUAAAUGGUAUUUUGAAUUUGAAGUUAUAACAGCUGGUCCAAUGAGAGUUGGAUGGGCAAGAGCUGAUUGUCCACCUGGUAUGAUGCUGGGAAAUGAUGAUUACACUUGGGCUUAUGAUGGAUACAAUGAAGAAAAAGUAUACUCAGGAACAGGAGAAACAUUUGGAAAACAAUGGCAAAUUGGAGAUGUUGUUGGUGUAUUUCUGGAUCUCAUUGAUCAUACAAUAAGUUUUUCAUUAAAUGGAGAACUUAUGAUGGAUGCAUUGGGUGGUGAAACAUCAUUUGCUGAUGUACAAGGUGAUUCAUUUGUUCCUGCAUUUACUCUUGGUGUUGGACAAAAAGCUAAACUUGUUUUUGGUCAAGAUGUUAAUACACUACAGUAUUUUACAACAUGUGGUCUUCAAGAGGGCUAUGAGCCAUUUUGUGUAAAUAUGAAUCGUCCAGUAACAUAUUGGUAUACAAAAGAUCAGCCAAUAUUUGAAAAUACUGAUGACAUGGCAGAUACAAGAAUUGAUGUUGCUAGAAUACCAGCUGGUUCAGAUACACCACCUUGUUUAAAAAUAUCACACAAUACAUUUGAAACAAUGGAAAAAGCAAAUUGGGAAUUUUUAAGAUUAUCAUUACCAGUUAUUUGUUUAUCAAAUUUCAUACCAGAAAAUGAAAAAAUAAGAAGAUGGCAAGAAAUUAAAAUGCGACAAAAUAGAUUAUUAAUGGAACAACAUGAAGCAUCACAACAAAUGGUACCAUCAGCUUAUACAGAACAAAUUAUGAAAUCUGGAUUUAGUAUGACUGAUAUAAAAGGCUUGCAAAGAAAUUACUCAGAGGAUGCUGCUGAAGAUGCUGAAAUGAUGAAAGAUCCAUCACCAAUACCACAACAAAGAAAUAAACCAUCAAGACCACCAAGAAAAAAUUCAUUAUAUGGAUCAAGAACAUUAAAUUACGGUACAAGUGAAGCAGAUGUUAAUGGCUAUGACGAAAUGAAUGGAGAUGCUAAAGAUGAUAAAAAACUUAAACGAGGUCGUUCACCAUUUCGCAAUCAAAAUGAUGAGGAAGAAAAAAGCCCAUUUUUUUCACGUAAGGCAAAAUCACCAGAUGUUAAAGCGACGACAUUAGAACCAACAGCAAUGAGAUCAGAUGUAUCUGAUAGAGAUGGAAGAAGUCUUGCGAUGGGAAGAAUGAUAACAAGACAACCUCAGCUUCAAGCAUCAACUACUGAUUUAAAAGUAAUUCCUCCACAAAUACCAGAACGUAAUGCACCAAAAGCAAUGUCAGUUAAUUUAACUGGAAGUGGUGUUGAAGCUAUUGGAAAUGAAAUAUAUGAUUCAGAAUGUUUAAAAUUAAUGAAUGAAUAUUUUUAUGGUGUUAGAAUAUUUCCUGGACAAGAUCCAACACAUGUUUAUAUUGGUUGGGUAACAUCACAGUAUCAUUUACAUACUAAAGAUUUUAAUUUAUCACGUGUACGAAAAGCAUCUGUAAUUAUUAUUGAUGAUUAUAAUCGUCCAGUUGAGCAAGUUGAUCGUCAAAGUUGUUAUAUGGUACGUGCUGAUGAGCUAUACAAUGAGGUAACACAAGAUGCAUCUGGUAAAGGUGCAUCACAAGGAAUGUUUGUUGGUUGUUUUGUUGAUACAGCAACUGGUAUUGUAUCAUUUACAUGUGAAGGAAAAGAAACAAGUCAUAAAUAUAAAAUGGAACCAGAUACAAAAUUAUUUCCCGCAAUAUUUGUUGAAGCAACAAGUAAAGAAAUAUUACAAAUUGAAUUAGGAAGAACAUCAACAACAUUACCAUUAUCAGCAGCUGUAUUACAAAAUUCUGAACGACAUGUUAUACCACAAUUUCCACCACGUUUAAAAGUACAAUGUUUAAAACCACAUCAAUGGGCAAGAGUACCAAAUCAAUCAUUACAAGUACAUGCAUUAAAAUUAUCAGAUAUACGUGGUUGGUCAAUGCUUUGUGAAGAUGCAAUAUCAAUGCUUGCCCUUCAUAUACCAGAAGAAGAUAGAUGUAUUGAUAUUUUAGAGCUCAUUGAGAUGGACAAACUUUUGAGUUUUCAUGCACAUACCUUGACACUGUAUGCAGCAUUGUGUUAUCAAUCAAAUUAUCGUGCUGCUCAUGCACUUUGUCUACAUGUAGAUCAAAAACAACUUUUAUAUGCAAUAAGAGCUGAAUAUAUGUCUGGUCCACUUCGUCAAGGUUUUUAUGAUCUUUUAAUUGCUCUUCAUCUUGAGUCACAUGCCACGACAAUGGAAGUCUGUAAAAAUGAAUAUAUUAUUCCAUUAGGACAAGAGCUAAAAGAUCUCUAUGAAAAUGUCGAGAUGAGACACAGUUUAAGAUACAUACAAACUGAAUCAGUACGUCCACAAAUGAAAAUGACUGAAAUCAAUGAAAAUCAAAAUAUAGAAAAUGUCAGAAGUCUUUAUAGUCCAUAUUUUCCUCUGGAUAUUGUACGUGAUUAUGUUAUGAUGGCACUGAAUGAAGCUGUUGAAGUUAAUCAAGUACAUAAUCGUGAUCCAAUUGGAGGCAGUAAUGAAAAUCUUUUUUUGCCUUUGAUUAAACUUGUUGAUCGUUUAUUACUUGUUGGAAAAUUAAGAAAUGAAGAUGUUAUAAAAUUAUUGAUAAUGAUUAAUCCAGAAACAUGGGAUCCAACAUUUGAUAAAGAGGGUAAAGAUGAACAUAAAAAAGGCUUGUUACACAUGAAAAUGGCAGAAGGAGCAAAAUUACAAAUGUGUUAUUUACUUCAUCAUUUAUGUGAUACACAAUUACGUCAUCGUGUUGAAUCAAUAAUAUCAUUUAGUCAUGAUUUUGUUGGUGAUUUACAAGCUGAUCAAUUACGUCGUUAUAUUGAUAUUAAACAAUCAGAUUUACCAUCAGCAGUUGCUGCUAAAAAAACACGUGAAUAUCGUUGUCCACCACGUGAACAAAUGAAUGCAAUAUUAAGUUUUAAAAAUCUUGAAGAUGAUGAUCCAGAUAAUAUACCAUGUGGUGAAGAUUUAAUUAAAAAUAUGAAUGAAUUUCAUAAUAAUUUAAUGUCAUAUGUAUCAUUACAUGCAUUGCAAGAAGCUGCUGAAGCAGCAAAUGAAAUAAUUGAAAUUGAAAAACCUGGUACAAUGAAACGUGUAUUUAAUUUUAUAAAUGCUGUUAAAGAACUUGAAGAUGAGCCAAAAAUUGAACCAGAACCAAUUAAAAAAACACCAGAAGAAGUAUUUAGAAAAAUAUUAAUAUCAACAAUUGUUAAAUGGGCUGAAGAAACACAAAUUGAAACACCAAAACUUGUUAGAGAAAUGUUUAGUUUACUUGUACGUCAAUAUGAUACUGUUGGUGAAUUAAUACGUGCAUUAGAAAAAACAUAUGUUAUUAAUAGUAAAACAAAAGAUGAUGUUGCUGGUAUGUGGGUUGGUUUAAGUCAAAUACGUGCAUUAUUACCAGUACAAAUGUCACAAGAAGAAGAAGAACUUGUUAGAGAAAGAUUAUGGAAACUUGUUAAUAAUCAUACAUUUUUUCAACAUCCAGAUUUAAUAAGAGUACUUAGAAUACAUGAAAAUGUUAUGGCUAUUAUGAUUAAUACACUUGGUAGAAGAUCACAAGCACAAUCAGAUGCACAAACACAAGCACAAGCUAGUGGUGGUGGUGGUGCUAGUACAGGAGGUGGUACUGGUACUGGUGGAGCAAGUGGAGUUGGUGGUGGUGGUGCUAAUGCUGGUGAAAGUGGUGAUACAACAUCAAAAGAAAAAGAUACAUCACAUGAAAUGGUUGUUGCAUGUUGUAGAUUUCUUUGUUAUUUUUGUCGUACAUCAAGACAAAAUCAAAAAGCAAUGUUUGAUCAUUUUGAUUUUCUUCUUGAAAAUAGUAAUAUAUUAUUAUCAAGACCAUCAUUAAGAGGCUCAACACCACUUGAUGUUGCAUAUUCAUCAUUAAUGGAAAAUACUGAAUUAGCACUAGCACUUAGAGAACAUUAUUUAGAAAAAAUUGCUGUUUAUUUAUCAAGAUGUGGACUUCAAUCAAAUUCUGAACUUGUUGAAAAAGGAUAUCCUGAUCUUGGCUGGGAUCCAGUUGAGGGUGAACGUUAUCUUGAUUUUUUAAGAUUUUGUGUUUGGGUUAAUGGUGAAAGUGUUGAAGAAAAUGCAAAUUUAGUUAUACGUCUAUUAAUAAGAAGACCAGAAUGUUUGGGUCCUGCAUUACGUGGUGAGGGUGAAGGUCUUCUUCGUGCAAUUAUGGAAGCAAAUAAAAUGUCUGAAAGAAUUGCAGACAGACGAAAGCGAUUCAAACAGGUGAAUGAUGAAGUCGAGGGAAAUGCAAUUGUGCAACAAUUUGAACAUCCACUUCCUGAGUCAGAUGAUGAUGAGGAUUACAUUGAUACUGGUGCAGCUAUACUUAAUUUUUACUGUACACUUGUUGAUCUUUUGGGCAGAUGUGCUCCUGAUUCAUCAGUUAUUGAACAAGGUAAAAAUGAAUCACUACGUGCACGAGCAAUUCUUCGUUCACUAGUACCAUUGGAUGAUCUUCAAGGUGUUUUAUCAUUACGUUUUACAUUAUUAAAUCCAGCAGCUGGUCAAGAAAGACCAAAAAGUGAUACACCAUCUGGUUUAAUACCUGGUCAUAAACAAAGUGUUGUUUUAUUUUUAGAACGUGUUUAUGGAAUUGAAACAAAAGAAUUAUUUUUUAAAUUACUUGAAGAUGCAUUUUUACCAGAUUUACGAGCAGCAACAAUGCUUGAUCGUAAUGAUGGUUAUGAAUCAGAUAUGGCACUUGCAAUGAAUCGUUAUAUUGGUGUUUCAAUACUUCCCCUAUUAAUAAAACAUUCAAAAUUUUAUACUGAAGCUGAUAAUUAUGCAUCACUUCUUGAUGCAACAUUACAUACUGUUUAUCGUUUAAGUAAAAAUAGAAUGUUAACUAAAGGACAAAGAGAAGCUGUAUCUGAUUUUUUAGUUGCUCUAACAAGUCAAAUGCAACCAAGUAUGUUGUUAAAAUUAUUACGUAAAUUAACAAUUGAUGUAUCACAGCUAUCUGAAUAUACAACAGUUGCAUUGAGAUUAUUAACUUUACAUUAUGAACGUUGUGCAAAAUAUUAUGGUUCAACUGGUGGACAAGGUUCAAGUGAUGAAGAAAAACGUUUGACAAUGGUAUUAUUUAGUAAUAUAUUUGAUUCAUUAUCAAGAAUGGAUUAUGAUCCAGAAUUAUUUGGUAAAGCAUUACCAUGUUUAACAGCAAUUGGUUGUGCAUUACCACCAGAUUAUUCAUUAUCAAAAAAUUAUGAUGAUGAAUGGUACAGUAGUAAAACAGCAUCAACACAAUCACCAGAUGGACCAUAUAAUCCACAACCAAUAAAUACAUCAUCUGUUGUAUUAAAUAAUGAUCUCAAUCAAAUUGUACAAAAAUUUUCUGAACAUUAUCAUGAUGCUUGGGCAAGUAAAAAACUUGAAAAUGGAUGGAAAUAUGGUGAUAAUUGGUCUGAUAAUAAUAGAACACAUCCAAGAUUAAAACCAUAUACAAUGUUAAGUGAUUAUGAAAAAGAAAGAUAUAAAGAACCAGUUAGAGAAAGUUUAAAAGCAUUAUUAGCAAUUGGUUGGAGUGUUGAACAUGCUGAAGUUGAUGUUGCAGCAACAAAUCGUAAUUCAUUAAGAAGAUCAUCAAAAAGUCAAAAUGAUUCAACAAAUUCAUUUGAUUAUAAUCCACAUCCAGUUGAUAUGACAAAUUUAACAUUAAGUAGAGAAAUGCAAAAUAUGGCUGAAAGAUUAGCUGAUAAUGCACAUGAUAUAUGGGCUAAAAAAAAAAAAGAAGAAUUAAUAAUAUCUGGUGGUGGUAUACAUCCACAAUUAGUACCAUAUGAUUUAUUAACUGAUAAAGAAAAACGUAAAGAUCGUGAAAGAUCACAAGAGUUUUUAAAAUAUUUACAAUAUCAAGGUUAUAAAUUACAUAAACCAAAUCGUGGUGGUACUGAAACUGAAGUUGCUGGUACUGGUGCUGCUGUUGAAUUACGUUUUGCAUAUUCAUUAUUAGAAAAAUUAAUAGCAUAUCUUGAUAAAGCAACAAUAAAUAUGAAAUUAUUACGUCCAUCUGAUACAUAUAGUCGUAGAAAUAGUUUUAAAGCAUCAGCACGUGAUAUAAAAUUUUUUAGUAAAGUUGUAUUACCAUUAAUGGAAAAAUAUUUUAGUACACAUAGAAAUUAUUUUAUUGCUGUUGCAACAGCAACAAAUAAUAUUGGUGCAGCAUCUUUAAAAGAAAAAGAAAUGGUUGCUGCAUUAUUUUGUAAAUUAGCAAAUUUAUUAAGAUCAAGACUUGCUGCAUUUGGUGCUGAUGUUAGAAUAACAGUACGUUGUUUACAAGUACUUGUUAAAGGUAUUGAUGCAAAAUCAUUAGUUAAAAAUUGUCCAGAAUUUAUACGUACAUCAAUGCUUACAUUUUUUAAUAAUACAGCUGAUGAUCUUGGUCAUACAAUAUUAAAUUUACAAGAUGGUAAAUAUAGCCAUUUACGUGGUACACAUUUAAAAACAUCAACAUCAUUAUUUUAUAUAAAUAGUGUUGUAUUACCAACAUUAACAGCAAUGUUUGAUCAUUUAGCAUCAUGUGAAUAUGGUAGUGAUUUAUUAUUAGAUGAAAUACAAGUUGCAUCAUAUAAAAUGUUAGCAUCUCUAUAUACACUUGGUGUUGAUUCAACAUUAACUGGUGAUAGAAAAUAUUUAAAAACUGAAAUUGAACGUAAUAAACCAAAUUUAGGCUCAUGUUUAGGUGCAUUUUCAAGUUGUUUUCCAGUUGCAUUUCUUGAGCCACAUUUAAAUAAAAAUAAUCAAUUUUCAUUAUUAAAUAGAAUUGCUGAUCAUUCAUUAGAAGCACAAGAUAUUAUGACUAAAAUGGAAUCAAGUAUGCCAACAUUAGAUACAAUAUUAAAUGAAGUUGAUCAAUUUGUUGAUUCUGAUAAAACAUGGAAUGAUUCACCACAUGUUGUUGAUGUUAUAUUACCAUUAUUAUGUUCAUAUUUACCAUUUUGGUGGUCACAAGGUCCAGAUAAUAUAACACCAACUGAGGGUACAUAUGUUAGUAUGGUUACAAGUGAUCAUAUGAAUCAACUAUUAAAAAAUGUAUUAAAAUUAAUUAAAAAAAAUAUUGGUAAUGAAAAUGCACCAUGGAUGACACGUAUUGCUGCAUAUACACAACAAAUAAUUAUAAAUUCAUCUGAAGAAUUAUUAAAAGAUCCAUUUUUACCACUUGCUGAACGUGUACAUAAACGUACUGAUGGUAUGUAUCAUAAAGAAGAAUCAUUACGUGGUUUUAUUAAAUCAUCAUCAGAUGAUACAUCACAAGUUGAAGCACAAAUACAAGAAGAUUGGCAAUUAUUAGUACGUGAUAUAUAUGCAUUUUAUCCAUUAUUAAUUAAAUAUGUUGAUUUACAAAGAAAUCAUUGGUUGAGAAAUAAUAUACCAGAAGCUGAAGAUCUUUAUAAUCAUGUUGCUGCAAUAUUUAAUAUAUGGUCAAAAUCACAAUAUUUUUUAAAAGAAGAACAAAAUUUUAUAUCAGCAAAUGAAAUUGAUAAUAUGACUCUAAUAAUGCCAACAGCAACAAGAAGAACAGCAACUGUUACUGAUGGAUCAACACCAACUGGUGGUGGUAAAAAAAAAAAAAAACAUCGUGAUAAAAAACGUGAUAAAGAUAAAGAAGUACAAGCAUCAUUAAUGGUUGCAUGUUUAAAACGUCUAUUACCAGUUGGUUUAAAUUUAUUUGCUGGUAGAGAACAAGAACUUGUACAACAUUGCAAAGAUAGAUUUUUAAAUAAAUUAUCAGAAAUUGAAAUUACUGAAUUUGCUAAAAUACAAUUAACAUUACCAGAUAAAAUUGAUCCAGCUGAUGAAAUGUCAUGGCAACAUUAUUUAUAUUCAAAACUAGGACAAAAAAAAGAUUCAAUGGAACCAGUUAAAGCACAACAAAUUGAUGAUGUUGUUGUUAGAAUAACUGAUAUGGCUAAAGUACUUUAUGGACUUCAUAUGAUUGAUCAUCCACAACAACAAGGAAAACGUUGUUACAAAUCUGUGGUAUCAAUACAAAGGAAACGAGCUGUUAUCGCUUGUUUCCGUCAAAAUCCAUUGCAUUCCUUACCCAGACAUCGUGCAAUUAAUAUUUUUGCAAGAACAUAUUACGAGCUUUGGCUACAAGAUGAAAAUGUUGGACAAGAAGUUAUGAUUGAAGAUCUUACACAAUCAUUUGAAGAUGCUGAAUUGAAAAAAAUGGAUAAAGAUGAAGAAGAGGGUAAACCAGAUCCAUUGACACAAUUAGUUACAACAUUUUGUCGUGGUGCUAUGACUGAACGGUCUGGUGCAUUACAAGAGGAUCCAUUGUACAUGAGUUAUGCACAAAUAAUAUCAAAAUCAUGUGGUGAAGAAGAAGAAGAAGCUGAAGAAGAAGAAGCUGAUGCUGGUAGUGCUAGUGGUGGUUCUGGUGGUGCUAGUGGUGGUGGCGGUGGCGAUGGUGAAGAAGAAAGUGGUGCAUCAAUUCAUAGAUCAAUGCAAAAAUUAAUGGAACAAGAAAUGGAAAAACAAAAAUUAUUAUUUCAUCAAGCUCGUCUUGCAAAUCGUGGAGUUGCUGAAAUGGUUUUGUUGCAUAUAUCAGCAUGUAAAGGUGUACCAAGUGAAAUGGUAAUGAAAACACUUGAGCUUGGUAUAUCAAUACUACGUGGUGGUAAUAUUGAAAUUCAACAUGGUAUGUUAAAUCAUUUAAAGGAAAAAAAAGAUGUUGGUUUUUUUACAUCAAUUGCUGGAUUAAUGAAUUCAUGUAGUGUAUUGGAUCUUGAUGCAUUUGAAAGAAAUACUAAAGCUGAAGGUUUAGGUGUUGGUUCAGAUGGUGCUGCUGGUGAAAAAAAUAUGCAUGAUGCUGAAUUUACAUGUGCAUUAUUUAGAUUUAUACAAUUAACAUGUGAAGGACAUAAUCUUGAUUGGCAAAAUUAUUUAAGAACACAAGCUGGUAAUACAACAACAGUUAAUGUUGUUAUUUGUACUGUUGAUUAUCUUUUACGUCUUCAAGAAUCAAUAAUGGAUUUUUAUUGGCAUUAUUCAAGCAAAGAAUUAAUUGAUUUAGCUGGUAAAGCAAAUUUUUUUAAAGCAAUUGGUGUUGCUAGUCAAGUAUUUAAUACUUUAACUGAAGUUAUACAAGGUCCAUGUGCACAAAAUCAACAAGCACUUGCACAUUCACGUCUAUGGGAUGCUGUUGGUGGUUUUUUAUUUUUAUUUUCUCAUAUGCAAGAUAAAUUAUCAAAACAUUCAUCACAAGUUGAUUUACUAAAAGAAUUAUUAAAUUUACAAAAAGACAUGAUUACAAUGAUGCUGUCAAUGCUUGAGGGUAAUGUUGUUAAUGGAACAAUUGGUAAACAAAUGGUUGAUACACUUGUUGAAUCAGCUGGUAAUGUUGAAUUAAUAUUAAAAUAUUUUGAUAUGUUUUUAAAAUUAAAAGAUCUUGUAUCAGCACCAAGUUUUCUUGAAGUUGAUUUAAAUACAGAUGGUUGGGUUUAUCCAAAAGAUUUUAAAGAAAAAAUGGAACAAGCUAAAAGUUAUACACCAGAAGAAAUUGAAUUUAUGUUAGCAUGUUGUGAAAGAAAUCAUGAUGGUAAAAUUGAUUAUGUUGCAUUUAUGGAUCGUUUUCAUGAACCAGCUAAAGAAAUUGGUUUUAAUUUAGCUGUAUUAUUAACAAAUUUAUCAGAACACAUGCCAAAUGAGCCACGUUUAGCUAGAUUUUUAGAAACAGCUGGUUCAGUAUUAAAUUAUUUUGAGCCAUUUUUAGGUAGAAUUGAAAUACUUGGUAGUAAUAAAAAAAUUGAACGUGUUUAUUUUGAAAUAAAAGAAUCAAAUAUUGAACAAUGGGAAAAACCACAAAUAAAAGAAUCAAAACGUACAUAUUUUUAUAAUACAGUUGUUGAAGCUGGUGAAAAAGAAAAAUUAGAAACAUUUAUUAAUUUUUGUGAAGAUGCUAUAUUUGAAAUGCAACAUGCAAGUGCAUUAAUGGCUGUUGAAGAAAGUGGUGGUAUUGGUAAAUCACGUGAUACAUCAUAUACAUAUAUGACUGAUGAUGAUGAUGAAAAAAAUAAAGAUCCAAUACGUCGUGGUAUACAAGCAUUCAAAGAUGGUAUUUAUUAUGGUUUUUCAAUGUUUUCACCAAAAAAUAUUAAAAAUAAAUUAUUUGAAUUACAACAAAUGUCAAUUGCCGAAAUUAUCAUUGGUUUUUUUAAAAUGAUAUUUUAUAGUUUUUAUUAUACUGGUUAUAGUAUUGGUAUUGUAAUACGUUAUUUUCUACGUUUAUUAUUGACACUAAUGAGAGGACCACAUAUUGAUGAGCCAAUUAUUGAAAUAAAAGAAGAAGAAGAAAAACCAAUGCGUCAUUUACCAGCAUUACCACCAACACCAGAUGAAACAAAUUUACAAGUACAAGCAUUUGGUAUGGAUAUUACUAAAGAAGAUGGUGGUCCAAUUAAAUUAUCAACACAUGAAACAAAUUUAUUAACACCACAAUCAAGUAUAGAUGAUACUGGUGAAAGUACACCAGAUGAAAGUGGUGCUGGUGGUUUUAAUGAUGAAACAAAUAUUAUAUCAACAAAUGAAAAUGAAGGACCACUUACAUUAGCUGAUUUUCUUGGUGGUGAACAAGCUAGAUUACAAGCAGCAUCAACUGCUGAAGCUGCUGCUGCACAACAAAUUGCAAUGGCUGCUGUUGAAGCUGAAGCAAAACAUGAAAUAAUUAGUGAAUCAUCUGGUGGUUCAAGCAUUGAAUUAUCUGAAUAUACUAAAAGAAUUGUUUCAUUUUUAGCUAGAAAUUUUUAUAAUCUUAAAUAUGUUGCAUUGGUAUUGGCAUUUUGCAUUAAUUUUAUGUUAUUAUUUUAUAAAGUAACAUCAUUUGCUGAUGAUAGUAUUGAUGGUAGUGGUGGUGAUAUACUUGGUGGUGAUAUACUUGGUGAUAUAUCUGGUGAAAGUGGAUCUGGUGGUAUAAGUGGUAUAAGUGGUAUUGGUAGUAGUGGUGGUGGUGGUAUUGAAUUUGGUAAUAGUGGUGAUGAUAAUAGCUCUGAGGAAGAAGAUGAACCACCAGAUUAUGUUGAAUUUUCAGAAGAUUUUUAUUAUAUGGCACAUGUUAUGAGACUCAUGGCUGCAUUACAUUCAAUUGUAUCAUUGGCAAUGUUAGUUGCUUACUAUCAUUUAAAAGUACCACUUGCAAUAUUUAAACGUGAAAAAGAAAUUGCUAGAAGAGUUGAAUUUGAUGGUCUUUAUAUAUCUGAAACACCUGAAGAAGAUGAUAUUAAAGCACACUGGGAUAAAAUGGUUAUAUCAGCUAAAACAUUUCCAGUUAAUUAUUGGGAUAAAUUUGUUAAGAAAAAAGUACGACAAAAGUAUAGUGAAACUUAUGAUUUUGAUUAUAUUAGUAAUUUAUUGGGAAUGGAAAAAACUUCAUUUAGUCAACAAGAAGAAGAAGGUUCUGGUCUUAUUCAUUUUAUCAUAACAAUCGAUUGGAGGUAUCAAAUUUGGAAAGCUGGUGUUACAAUAACUGAUAAUUCAUUUUUGUAUAGUCUUUGGUACUUUACAUUCUCAGUUAUGGGAAAUUAUAAUAAUUUCUUUUUUGCUGCACAUUUACUUGAUGUUGCUGUUGGUUUUAAAACCCUAAGAACAAUUUUACAAUCAGUAACACAUAAUGGAAAACAACUUGUAUUGACUGUUAUGCUUUUGACAAUUAUUGUUUAUAUUUAUACUGUUAUUGCAUUCAACUUUUUCCGUAAAUUUUAUAUACAAGAAGAAGAUGGUGAAAUUGAUAAAAAAUGUCAUGACAUGUUAACGUGUUUCAUGUUUCAUCUUUACAAAGGUGUUAGAGCUGGUGGUGGUAUUGGUGAUGAAAUUGGAGAACCAGAUGGUGAUGAUUAUGAAACAGCUCGAAUUGUUUUUGACAUAACAUUUUUCUUUUUUGUUAUUGUUAUUUUACUUGCUAUUAUUCAAGGUUUGAUUAUUGAUGCAUUUGGUGAACUUCGUGAUCAACUUGAAAAUGUUAAAACAAAUAUGGAAAGUAAUUGUUUUAUUUGUGGUCUUGGAAAAGAAUAUUUUGAUACAGUACCACAUGGAUUUGAUACACAUGUUCAAAAAGAACACAAUCUUGCUAAUUACAUGUUUUUCUUGAUGCAUCUUAUCAAUAAACCAGACACUGAGUAUACAGGUCAAGAGACCUAUGUUUGGAACAUGUAUCAGCAACGUAUGUGGGACUUUUUUCCAGUUGGUGAUUGCUUUAGAAAACAGAACGAGGCUGUCGAGGAAGAAGUCAAAAAAAAAUAAAUCAAUUUAUUGUGUUGUUAUUUUUAAAUUAAUUUUUAUUCUUUGAAUAAUAUUUUUGAUUUAAAAUUUUUUUUUUUUGUUAUCAAAUAUUAAAUUUGAAAAUUAUUAAAAGUUUAUAAUCAUAAAUAAAUUUAAAAUAUAUUUAUGAAAAUUGUUAAAUUGUUUAUUUAAAUUAGAUAAAUUAAAUUGUCACUUUUUUGGCAAUUUUAAAAAAUCAAAAAACAAAAUCUAGCUAUUUUUCCAAUUUUGUAAUACUCAAUUUGAGUGUGAUAUUUUAUUUUUUUUUCUAUAAUUCUUGUGCCUCAAAUUAGAUCAAUAAUAAAAAAAAAAAAAUAAAAUAUAUCAAGUUAUUUAAAAAAUUUAAAUAUCUACAAUUAAAAUUUAUACAAAUUGACAAAAUAUAUUUACAAAAUAUAUAAUCAAAAAUUAAAUAAAUAAAUAAUAAAUUUGUUAUAAAUUUUAUCUCUAUUUUAUCAUGAAUUAAUUAAUAAAUAAAAUAAAAAUAUUUAUAAUAGAGUCUAAUCAAAAAAAAAUAUAUCAUCAAUAUUAUAAAUUAAAAUAUUAAAAAAAAAUAUCCUAUUGUUUUUUGUUUUAUUGAAUUAUUAAUCUAUAAAUUGAGAUUGUCAAUAUUAUUGUAAAUAAAUAUUAUAAAAAUUUUAAAAAUUAAUAAAUCUCUUCGGCAGGGUUAUCAAAGAAUAAUAAUAAAUAAAAAUAUACAAAUAAAUCGAAA